CUCUGUCCACUCUCCACGUUCAAGUUAUACACGCUCAAUCAGCUCCAGCAGCUCCAGCAGCUCCUGCUCACCUGCCAAGGAAAUCUAAAAAGUCUUUUUAGGAACGUUUGAGAGAAGAAGGACCUAUCAAGAAGGCGCCAAUUAUAAAAAAAAAAGAAAGAAGAGAAGAGGGAGGAUCAGGAUCAUCUCAUCCAUCACUUUCCCGACACAAGCGGCCUUUUCACAAGUAGGUCAGAGAAAUCUCUGCUUUUCAAACUUCUCCAAGUUUGAACUCUGCUCUGCGUUGGCUUGCCAUCCACCCGACAAAGUUUUCUGCGCAUCACUCCAACACUCAAGUGUCACCAAAGUAUAAAAGCUGACAAGGAACAAGCCAACAUGAUGGCCAACAACUACGACGACCAGCUGCCUCCGCAAUACUACCAGGCCACCGACUUUGGGGACGAGGAGGAGGACGAGAUGCCGGCCACAGAGAAGGACCUGGCCGAGGAUGCUCCCUGGAAGAAGAUCCAGCAGAACACCUUCACCAGGUGGUGCAACGAGCACCUCAAAUGUGUCAACAAGACCAUCACUGACUUGCAGAAGGACUUCAGCGACGGCCUGAAGCUCAUUUCCCUCCUGGAAGUACUGAGCCAGAAAAAGAUGUACAGAAAGCACCACACGAGGCCAAACUUUCGUCAGAUGAAGCUAGAAAAUGUUUCUGUGGCGUUGGAGUUCCUGGACAGGGAGCACAUCAAACUGGUCUCAAUAGACAGCAAAGCCAUUGUGGACGGCAAUCUAAAGCUGAUUCUGGGUCUCAUCUGGACUCUCAUCCUGCAUUACUCCAUCUCAAUGCCCAUGUGGGAUGAUGAGGAUGACGAGGAGACGAAAAAACUGACUCCAAAGCAACGUCUGUUGGGCUGGAUACAGAACAAAGUGCCACAGCUGCCCAUCAACAACUUUAACCGUGACUGGCGGGACGGCAAAGCGCUGGGAGCCCUGGUUGACAACUGUGCGCCUGGUUUGUGUCCUGAUUGGGUCGAUUGGGACCCAAACCAGCCUGUGCAGAAUGCCAAAGAAGCCAUGCAGCAGGCUGACGACUGGCUGGGGGUGCCUCAGGUGAUUGCUCCAGAGGAAAUUGUGGACCCAGAUGUGGAUGAGCACUCUGUGAUGACAUACUUAUCUCAGUUCCCCAAGGCAAAGCUGAAGCCUGGGGCUCCCCUUAGACCCAAACAGCUGUUUCCAGAUAAAGUCAAAGCCUAUGGGCCAGGCAUUGAGCCUCAUGGCAACAAAGUUCUGCACCCAGCUGUGUUCACAGUGGAAACUCUGGAGGCUGGCAGUGGUGAAGUCCUGGUGUUUGUAGAAGAUCCUGAAGGACACAAAGAAGAGGCCAAAGUUAAACCCAACAAGGACAAAAGAGGAACCUAUACGGUCACAUAUACCCCCAAAGUCGAAGGUGUUCAUAAGGUGAAGGUGUUGUUUGCGGGUCAGGACAUUGAUAAGAGCCCCUACACUGUGAAUGUGGAUAAAGACAUGGGUGACCCGAGCAAAGUCCAUGCUAGGGGACCGGGUCUGGAAGCAACAGGCAAUGUGGCCAACAAACCCACCUACUUUGACAUCUACACAGCAGGUGCUGGUAACGGAGACAUCAGUGUGGUCAUUGUUGAUCCUCGAGGCAAAAAGGACACGGUGGAGCUCAUCCUAGAAAACAAGGGUGAUAGUGUUUUCCGCUGCACCUACCAUCCCGUUCUGGAGGGGCCCCACACCAUCCACAUAUUAUUUGCUGGCCAGGAGAUCCCCAGGAGUCCCUUUCACGUCAACAUUGCGGAGGCAAUAAACCCCAAUGCUUGCAGAGCUACUGGCAGAGGGCUACAGCCUAAAGGUGUGAGAAUAAGGGAGGUUGCAGACUUCAAAGUUUUCACUAAAGGUGCUGGCAGCGGCACACUGAACGUCUCAGUCAAAGGACCAACUGGAGCGGAGGAGCAGGUGAAAGUGCGAGAUGCUGGUAAUGGAGUCUACGAGUGCGAAUAUUACCCACUCAAAGCUGGUAAAUACACAGUCAGCAUAACCUGGGGAGGCCAGCCCAUCCCACGCAGCCCCUUUGAGGUAGAGGUGGGUGAAGAGGCAGGUUUUCAGAAAGUUAGGGCCUGGGGUCCUGGUCUGAAGACUGGUAUGGUGGGAAAAUCUGCUGAUUUCGUGGUGGAAGCCAUCGGCACUGAAGUUGGAACAUUAGGCUUCUCUAUCGAAGGCCCAUCACAGGCGAAAAUCGAGUGUGACGAUAAAGGUGAUGGCUCCUGCGAUGUCCAUUACUGGCCAACCGAGCCCGGCGAUUAUGCCGUGCAUGUCAUCUGUGACGAUGAAGACAUCAAGGACAGCCCCUUCAUGGCUCACAUCCUUCCUGCAGUCAAUAAUGUUUUCCCUGAAAAAGUCAAAGCAUAUGGUCCAGGCCUGCAGCCAACUGGUGUCAUUGUAAACAAACCAACUGAGUUUACUAUCGAUGCCCGCAUGGCUGGGAAGGGUCACCUCAGAAUCUACGCACAGGAUGUAGAAGGUUGUACCAUCGACAUCAAGAUCACUGACAGGGGCGACGGAACAUUCAUGUGUGUGUAUACUCCUGUUAAACCCAUCAAGCACACGAUCAUCAUCACCUGGGGGGAGGUCAAUGUCCCCAACAGCCCCUUCAGGGUUCUGGUUGGAGAGGGCUCUCAUCCUGACAAAGUAAAGGUCUUUGGGCCUGGAGUGGAGAAGACAGGGCUUAAAGCUAAUGAGCCAACGUACUUCACUGUGGACUGCAGUGAAGCUGGCCAAGGGGACAUCAGCAUUGGAAUCAAGUGUGCCCCUGGGGUGGUUGGUCCUGCUGAGGCGGAUAUCGACUUUGACAUCAUCAAGAAUGACAAUGACACCUUCACUGUCAAAUACACUCCACCCGCUCCAGGCCGGUUCACUAUCAUGGUUUUGUUUGCUGACCAGGAAAUUCCAAUCAGUCCAUUUAAAGUCAAGGUGGAUCCUUCUCAUGAUGCUGGCAAGGUGAGAGCAGAGGGUCCAGGACUCAACAAGACAGGUGUGGAGGUGGGCACUCCAACCCACUUCACAAUCUACACAAAGGGAGCAGGAAAAGCCAAACCUGAGGUGCAUUUUGCCGCAUCUGGCCCCGGAGAGGCAGUUCGUGACUUUGAGAUCAUCGAUAAUCAUGAUUAUUCCUACACUGUCAAAUACACAGCUCUUCAGCAGGGCAACAUGGCAAUUUCGAUUGCUCUGGGAGGAGACACCAUUCCCAAAAGCCCCUUCCAUAUUACAGUGGCACCAGCCAUGGAUCUAGCAAAAGUUAAAGUUGAGGGAUUGGACACCAAAGUAGAGGUUGGGAAGGACCAGGAGUUCACGGUGAACACGAAGGGUGCUGGUGGGCUUGGCAACGUAGGAGUGAAAAUGACUUCUCCCUCAGGCCGACCAAUUCCUUGCAAGCUGGAGUCAGACAAAGCAAAAGGCAAUCACAGUGUAAAGUACAUUCCCCCAGAGGAGGGACAGUACAAGGUUGACGUCAACUAUGAUGGGAACCCUGUCCUAGGAAGUCCUUUUGGGGUUGAGGCAGUGAUGCCGGCUGAUCCUUCAAAGGUGAGAGCAUUCGGUCCAGGCCUGCAGGGCGGUAUUGUGGGUAAACCAGCUCCAUUUACCAUUGAUACCAAAGGAGCUGGUGCUGGAGGACUGGGCUUGACAGUGGAGGGCCCCUGUGAGGCAAAAAUUGAAUGCCAAGACAAUGGUGAUGGCACAUGCUCAGUGUCCUACCUUCCCACCGAGCCUGGGGAAUAUGCCAUCAACAUCCUGUUUGCAGAGCAGCACAUCUCUGGCUCUCCAUUCAAAGCUGCCAUUCGCCCAGCCCUUGAUCCCAUCAAAGUGGUUGCCAGUGGGCCAGGUCUGGAGAGGGCCAAGGCAGGAGAACCAGCAACCUUUACUGUGGACUGCAGCAGAGCAGGCGAUGCUGAACUCACCAUUGAGAUUGUGUCAGAGACUGGGGUUAAGGCUGAAGUGCACAUCCAGAAAACUGCUGAGGGGACCUUUUCUGUCACGUACAUCCCAUCCUUCCAGGGCACACACACUAUUACCAUUAAAUAUGGCGGACACACAAUUCCCCACUUUCCCCGGGUGCUGCAGGUGGAGCCAUCCGUGGACACCAGUGGGGUCCAUGUUUACGGGCCUGGAGUGGAGCCCAGAGGGGUCCUCAGAGAAGUCACGACCCACUUCAUUGUGGAUGCCCGUGCCCUCAUCAAGAUUGGAGGGGGUCAUGUUAAAGUUCACAUUAUCAACCCCUCUGGCUCCAAUACGGAUGCUUAUAUUACAGACAAGGGAGACGGCACUUACAGAGUGGAGUACACAGCGUUUGAAGACGGAAUUCAUCUGAUUGAAGUGCUGUACGACGAUGCGCCUGUUCCUAAGAGCCCUUUCAGAGUAUCUGUGGUUGAAGGAUGUGAUCCGACUCGGGUCCGUGCCUUUGGGCCGGGUCUGGAGGGAGGAAUAACUAACAAGCCUAACCGUUUCACUGUGGAAACCAGGGGUGCUGGUACUGGAGGUUUGGGUCUUACAAUUGAGGGAGCUUCAGAGGCAAAAAUAUCGUGCAAGGACAACAAAGAUGGUAGCUGCAGUGUGGAAUAUGUACCUUUCACUCCUGGAGAUUAUGAUGUAAACAUCAACUAUGGAGGUCAACCGAUCCCUGGCAGUCCAUUCCGUGUUCCUGUGAAGGAUCCAGUGGACCCCACCAAAGUCAAAUGCUCUGGACCAGGUCUGGGCACAGGAGUGAGGGCCCACGUUCCUCAGAACUUUACGGUGGACUGUACUCAGGCGGGACAGGCUCCACUGGAUGUAAAACUCUACGGUCCAACAGGUACUGUGGAGCCUGUUGGUGUGAAGAACAAUGGGGACGGCACCCACACAGUUCAUUACACCCCAGCACAGGACGGCCCCUACACUGUGUCAGUCAAAUAUUCAGAUCAGGAAGUCCCACACAGUCCAUUCAAAGUGAUGUCUCAACCCGGCCAUGAUGCCAGUAAGGUCCGAGCCAGUGGUCCUGGUCUGGACAUUAAAGGUGUACCUGCAAGUCUGCCUGUUGAAUUCACGAUCGAUGCUCGCGAUGCUGGAGAAGGACUGCUCACUGUGCAGAUUUUGGAUCCAGAGGGCAAGCCAAAAAACGCAACCAUCCAAGACAACAGGGAUGGGACGUACACUGUGUCCUACGUCCCUGAUUCUACCGGGCCCUACACCAUCACCAUUAAAUAUGGAGGAGAUGAGAUUCCCUACUCCCCGUACCGCAUCCAGUCUCUGCCCACUGGAGACGCCAGCAAAUGUCUUCUCACAGUUUCAGUUGGAGGACAUGGGAUGUCAAGUCUGCAGAAGCUGCAAACCUCAGAGGACACAGUCAUCACAGUGGAUGCCAAGGCUGCAGGGAAAGGAAAGGUGACCUGCAAGGUGCUGACCCCACAGGGAAUGGAGCUGGACAUGGAUGUGGUGGAGAAUCGUGAUGGCACCUUUGAUAUUUACUACACUGCCCCUGAACCGGGGAAAUAUGUAAUUACGAUCCGCUUUGGAGGGCAGAACAUCCCAAAGAGCCCCUUCCAAGUGAUGGCCACAAAUGAGCCAGUGGUACCUCGAGAUACAGUGGACCCGCUCUUCCGCCCUGUUAAUUUCCUAGUCCCUUUCACACCACAGCAGGGAGAGAUCACAGGUGAAGUAAAGAUGCCGUCAGGGAAAACCGCUCGGCCGCACAUCACCGACAACAAGGACGGCACCAUCACAAUAAAGUACCAACCUACAGAGAGAGGCCUCCAUGAGAUGGACAUCAAAUAUGAUGGAAACCACAUUCCAGGAAGUCCUCUGCAGUUCUAUGUGGAUGCGGUGAACAGUGGUGUGGUCACUGCCUAUGGUCCCGGUCUCAGUUAUGGCAUGGUCAACAAGUCCGCCACCUUCACAGUGGUCACCAAAAAUGCUGGAGAAGGUGGACUGUCACUAGCAGUGGAGGGUCCCUCCAAAGCUGAGAUCACAUGCAAGGACAACAAAGAUGGUACCUGCACUGUGUCCUAUCUCCCCACUGCACCGGGAGACUACAACAUCAUUGUUAAAUUUGACAAUAAACACAUCCCUGGAAGUCCAUUUACUGCCAAGAUCACUGGAGAUGACUCCAUAACCAGAACCUCCCAGCUGAAUGUGGGGACAGCAACUGAUGUGUCCCUAAAGAUUACAGAAACUGAUCUGAGCUGCCUGACUGCCAGUAUCAGAGCUCCAUCAGGCAAUGAGGAACCCUGCCUGCUGAAGAGGCUGCCCAACAGACACCUAGGAAUCUCUUUUACUCCCAAAGAGGUUGGUGAGCAUGAAGUGAGCGUCAGAAAGGAUGGCAUCCAUGUGGCCAACAGUCCUUUCAAAAUCAUGGUCGGUCAGUCGGAGAUCGGGGAGGCCAGCAGAGUAAAAGCUUUUGGAAAAGGCCUGAUUGAAGCACACACUUUUGAAAUGGCUGAAUUUUUCGUGGACACAAGGAAUGCAGGUUAUGGAGGUCUUGCUCUGUCGAUUGAAGGUCCAAGCAAAGUUGACAUCAACUGUGAGGAUAUGGAGGACGGGACAUGCAGGGUGACUUACUGCCCAACAGAACCAGGAAGUUACACUGUUAACAUCAAGUUUGCGGAAAAGCACAUCCCAGGAAGCCCAUUUGCAGUCAAGGUGACCGGAGAAGGAAGGAUCAAGGAAAGCAUUACGAGAAAGAGACAGGCCUCCUCUCUUGCCUCAGUGGGUAGCACAUGCGGACUUAACCUCAAGAUCCCAGGAAACUGGUUUCAGAUGGUUUCAGCUCAGGAGAGGCUGACCCGGACGUUCACUCGCAGCAGCCACACAUACACCCGCACCGAGCGCACAGAGAUCAGCAAAACUCGUGGCGGAGAGACCAAGAGGGAGGUGCGCGUGGAGGAGAGCACUCAGGUGGGAGGAGGAGGAAGUCCUUUCAGAGAUGUUUUUGGGGACUUUCUGGGCCGAGAGAGUCUGAGCAGCUUUGCCGGCCUCACAGCCAGACCUGAAGUUGAGAGUGGUUCUCAGGCCAUGACAGCUCAGGUGACCAGUCCAAGUGGAAAAACAGUGGAUGCAGACAUUGUGGAUGGAGGGAGCAGCACAUACAGCGUGCGCUUCAUCCCUCAGGAAAUUGGACCCCACACAGUCAAUGUUAAAUACAGAGGACAGCACGUUCCUGGGAGCCCCUUCCAGUUCACAGUAGGACCCAUGGGAGAAGGUGGGGCCCACAAGGUUCGUGCAGGAGGUCCUGGGCUGGAAAGAGGCGUGGCUGGAGCUCCUUCUGAGUUCAGUAUCUGGACCAGAGAAGCAGGUGCUGGCGGCCUGUCUAUUGCAGUAGAAGGACCCAGCAAGGCUGAGAUCACUUUUGAGGACAGGAAAGAUGGUUCCUGCGGAGUGUCUUACAUAGUGAAAGAACCAGGGGACUAUGAGGUGUCAAUCAAAUUCAACAAUGAGCACAUCCCUGACAGCCCCUUCAUCGUUCCAAUUGCCACGUUGUCAGAUGAGGCCCGCAGGCUCACUGUGACGAGUCUUCAGGAGAAGGACUUAAAGGUUAACCAGGAGGCAUCCUUCAUGGUGCAACGCAACGGUCCCCGGGGUGUGGUUGACGCCAAAGUCCACACUCCGUCUGGCUCUACUGAGGAAUGCUACGUCUCUGAGCUUGACAGUGACAAGAGUGCAAUCCGCUUUAUUCCACGUGAGAACGGAGUUCACUCUAUAGACGUCAAGUUCAAUGGAUGCCACAUUCCCGGGAGCCCCUUCAAUGUGCGAGUUGGAGAUCCCGGGUUGAUUGGAGACCCAGGCAUGGUGACCGCACACGGGCCUGGAUUGCAGGGAGGGACAACAGGUAUCCCUUCAGAAUUUGUGGUCAAGACCUGUAAUGCAGGCUCUGGCACUCUGUCAGUCAACAUCGAUGGGCCGUCCAAGGUGAAGAUGGACUGUCGCGAAUGUCCAGAGGGCUACAGGAUUACCUACACACCCAUGGCACCUGGCAACUAUCUCAUCACAAUCAAAUACGGCGGGCCACAGCACAUAGUGGGCAGCCCUUUCAAAGCCAAAGUCACAGGCACAAGGCUGUCAGGGGGACACAGCCUACAUGAGACCUCCUCUGUGCUGGUUGAAACUGUUACCAAGACCUCUAAAGUAGGUGGGGCCUACAGUGCCUCCUCCUCCUCCUCCACCACCUCAACCAAGCUGACAUCUGACGCCAGCAAGGUGGUAUGCCGUGGACAGGGGCUGUCCAAAGCUGUGGUUGGGCAGAAAAAUAACUUUAGUGUUGACUGCAGCAAAGCAGGCACCAACAUGCUGAUGGUAGGUGUGCAUGGACCCCAUGCCCCCUGCGAGGAGGUUUAUGUCAAGCACAUGGGUAAUAAGCUCUACAAUGUCACAUACACCGUCAAGGACAAGGGGAGUUAUACCGUCAUUGUCAAAUGGGGUGAUGAUAACGUCCCAGGGAGCCCGUACAAAGUUUCUGCCCCUUGAGAAAAAAAAAACUGCUCAGAUGCCAUCCUCCCAUUUCCUCUACUUACCCAGCCUUUUUCCUCAUCAUCAGCCAAGCUCUGCCAUUACACUGCCUACUUUAAACUUUACAGGAACUCAACCCCACAAGGAUGUUUACCUUCAGCUUUACGGUGGCAGAGCGUGCUUUGUGCCAAACCUUGGUAUCAACUCAAGAUAAUAUGUUGCACACUCACAUAAGUAAAUGCAAAUCGAGGAGGAUUUUUUGAGGCAGUGUGCUGGCUAAAUGGUGGUCCACGAUGUGUCCCCCAGUUCUUUUGUGAUGCAGUGCAGAUGAUGCAGUGCAGGAAUGAUUCAAAGUGUUCAAGUUGGAUGCAAUGUUAUUUUGUAUGGAUUAAGACUGAAAUUUUUUGUUAUAUUAACCUUUUUUUGGUAAGUCUUUGCAGGCCUAAUAAAAGAACUCAUUGCUAACUAU